UUACUUUUCCUCAAAACCCAGGCACUAACACACAACUGCUCCUCUCAGUCCGUCUCUCUUUCUGUCUAUCUCUAUCUCGCCAUGACCGUCGCGAGCUCAGCACUAGUACGCACAAAGAACGUAAUGAAGUUCGCUCUCUCGCUCGUUCUCCCUUCCUUCAACUCCUCCAAAUGUAAAACGGCGGCGAAGAUGGCAGUGGCGAGGAUAAAGUUGCUGAGGAACAAGAGAGAGGUGGUGGUGAGGCAGAUGAGACGAGACAUUGCCAUGCUUCUGCAGUCUCGUCAGGACGCCACUGCUCGUGUCAGGGUUGAACAUGUGAUUCGUGAACAAAAUGUUUUGGCUUCAAAUGAGUUCGUUGAGCUCUUCUGUGAGUUAAUUGUGGCCAGACUUACCAUCAUUGCGAAGCAGAGGGAAUGUCCAGCAGACCUGAAAGAAGGGAUCGCCAGCUUAAUAUUUGCAGCUCCAAGGUCAUCUGAAAUUCCAGAACUAGCGUCAAUCAGGAAAAUAUUUGAGAAGAAAUAUGGAAAAGAUUUUGUGUCUGCAGCUACCGACCUACGACCUAACUGUGGUGUAAAUCGCAUCCUGAUUGACAAGCUCUCAGUAAGAACCCCUACUGGCGAAGUGAAGAUGAAAAUCUUGAAGGAAAUAGCAAAGGAAUACCAGAUUGAGUGGGAUACAACAGAGUGUGAGAAGGAGCUUUUGAAGCCUCCAGAAGAACUUCUAGAUGGACCACGCAAUUUUGUUAGUGCUUCCCGCUUACCUGUGAAGCCUGCUCCAGUUAGGCCUGUUGAGCCAAAUCAGUCCGCCUCUCGAUCAUAUUAUGAUGAACAAAGCAAGAAAACAUAUUUUGAAGAUGCAGCGUCUGCUGCUGAAGCUGCUGAAGAAGCUGCGAAAAAGGCAAUUGCUGCCGCUCCAGUUAGGCCUGUUGAGCCAAAUCAGUCCGCCUCUCGAUCAUAUUAUGAUGAACAAAGCAAGAAAACAUAUUUUGAAGAUGCAGCGUCUGCUGCUGAAGCUGCUGAAGAAGCUGCGAAAAAGGCAAUUGCUGCCGCUCAUGCUGCUGCCUCUAUUGCCAAAAGAGACUAUGAUAAGGCACCUCAAGCAUAUGGAUUUGAGCAUAACUUGAGUGCUUCAAGCAUUAAUAAUGGGUUUGGAGCCUCUUCCACAGGUUGCUAUCACGAUACUGAUUAUCAAUCAAAAGCCCCGGGCAGGGUCUAUAAUUCAUGGAGCUCUGAUAGAUCCCCUAUUAUAAGCAAUGAGGAUGCAAGGGUUAGCCAUACUGACGGCGGAAGGAUCUAUAGGAGACACAGCUAUAACAAAUCCCCUUUGCAUUCGGAUGUAAAAUUUGAUGAAUCAGAUUGUGAUGAAGACAUCGAAGAAGAAAACAAUCCCUCUACCAAAAAUGAGGAGAUGAAGGCUGGACAAAUGGAUGGAGGAAAUCCUCAUCGGAGACACAGCCAUGGGGCCCCAUCAGCAAAAUUGGAUAUGAAGUUCGAUGAAUCAGACUGUGAGGAAGAGAUUGAUAUGGGAAGACCACCUCACAGGAGGCCUCCACCACCAUUACUUCCAUUUCAAGGCAAACGGGAUCUGGCUCCUCCUGGUCCUCGUGUUCAUCCCAAGUUGCCAGAUUAUGAUGACAUUGCUGCCCGUUUUGAAGCUCUCAAGUAUCGCAAAUCACGAAACUAAUAUGUUGAGCUGCACCACCAGACCAUGACCAUCAGGUUUUGUUAUUCUUUUGAGUCAUCCAUUGUAAUAUUGUAUACCUAUUAUUUACAUAAUAGCUCCAAAAUAAGGCAUACAUGCCUUUUUGUAUUGUUCUCAACGAAAGAAAAUUAAGUUGUCCUUUUAUCAAACCAUACCUUGGAAAACUGAUGAGCGAUCUUUGGAU